AUGAAAUCUUUUAUAGGAUGGUUUGAAUAUUUUGGUACUAAUGAAUAUUUUUGUUAUAUUAAUUUUGUAAAUGGAAAACAAUUAGUUAUAGCAAUACCAGGUACCUAUGCACUUCCAUUAGCUAUCUUAGCUAUUGUUAAUGUUUGGAUAUGGCAAUAUGUUCGACUUCGACUACGUCGUACACCUCUAAUGAUAACAUUAACAACACAACGGCGACUGCCACAUAUAAAACGUGAUAUUGAAAUGUUACGUCGUACAAUGAUACCUGUUUGUAUUUUAAUUUUACACGGUCUACCUGGUCUUGGUUUUGUUAUUGCAGCAACUAUACAAGCUAAUGGGAUAAUUUACUAUUUAGGCUAUCGUUUAACAUUUUUUUCUGUUUCAUUAUCAAUGAUCAUUAUGCCCAUAGUUAUUAUACAAUUAACACCGAAAAUAAAAGCAGUUGUAUUUUUGUAA